AUGGCCGCGUCCACCCUGUCCGUCUGCUCCAGAGACCUGAGCUAUGGCAGCCGCGUCUGCCUGCCCGGGGCCUCGGACUCCUGCCCCGACUCCUCCUGGCAGGUGGACGACUGCCCAGAGAGCUGCUGCGAGCCCCCGUGCUGCGCCCCGGCCCCCUGCCUGACCCUCCUGUGCGGCCCUUCCUCCCCCUGCCAGGGAGACUGCUGCACCCCUGCGUGCUGCAAGCCCGUGUGCUGCACCCCUGCGUGCUGCAAGCCCGUGUGCUGCACCCCUGUCUGCUGCAAGCCCGUGUGCUGCACCCCUGUGUGCUGCAAGCCCGUGUGCUGCACCCCUGUCUGCUGUGAGGACUCCCCCUGCUCAGCCCCCUCCUGCUGCCAGCCCAGCCCCUGCUGCAGACCCUCCUCCUGCGUGUCCCUGCUCUGCCGCCCCGUGUGCAGGCCCGCCUGCUGCACCCCUGUGUGCUGCAAGCCCGUCUGCUGCACCCCUGUGUGCUGCAAGCCCGUGUGCUGCACCCCUGUCUGCUGCGAGGACUCCCCCUGCUCAGCCCCCUCCUGCUGCCAGCCCAGCCCCUGCUGCAGACCCUCCUCCAGUGUAUCCCUGCUCUGCCGCCCCGUGUGCCCCCGCCCCGCCUGCUGCGCUCCUGCCUCCUCCUGCUGCCGCCCGGCCUCCUGCGUGUCCCUGCUCUGCCGCCCCGUGUGCCCCCGCCCUGCCUGCUGA